AUGGAUCCUAAUUUGUUUGGUGGUGUCCCCCGGUUUCUGACCAGGCCCAAAGCUUUCUCCGUGUGCACUGGCAAAGAUGCCACGCUCAGCUGCACUAUCGUGGGCAGUCCCGCACCCCUCGUUACCUGGGAGAAGGACAAACUCCGGCUCAAGUCUGGAGGCCGCUUCAAAACUGUGGAGGAUGGAGACGUGUACCGCCUGACCAUCUACGAGCUCACCCUGGAGGACAGUGGCCAGUAUAUGUGCCGCGCCAAGAACACUGUGGGGGAAGCAUACGCUGCUGUCACCCUUAAAGUGGCUCUACCUGCGGAGAUGACACAGAGAGCUCCAGUGUUCUUGGAGAAGCCCACUUCUGCUCGAGUGGGUUUGGGGGGUGAUGUGGUCUUCCACUGCAGAGUUGCUGCCCAUCCAGACGCAAACUUCGACUGGGAAAAAGAUGGCCGCUAUCUUGGUGAAAGCAACCGUGUCAAGAUCAUUAGCGAGAGCGAUGGAAGUACGCUAAAAAUCCAAAGUGUACGUAACUUAGACAGUGGCACAUACACCUGCAGAGCCCAGAACACAGUGGGGCGGGCCAACGCCUCUGCUGCUCUAGUUGUGGACUCCCAAGAUCCUCGGCAGCUCACCCUGGACAAAUCCUCCACCUCACUAUUAUCUCAUCUUCAGAAACGCAAAGAAGAAAUGAAGAAGGAUAUUGCAGUUUAUCGCACUGAAGAGAAGACCUCCUCCUCCAUCACUGACAGUCUGGAGCUGGAGCUGAGGGCGUCCAUGUUGGCCAAGUUGCCCAAAGGCGUGUUCACGCGCACAUGCACCGUCACAGAGGGCAAACACGCCAAACUGAGCUGCUUCGUCACCGGGCACCCCAAACCUCACAUCAUCUGGAGAAAGGAUGGCUGUAACAUCAGCGAAGGGCGCAGACAUGUCAUCUAUGAAGAUCAGGCGGAGAACUUCAUCCUCAAGAUCCUCUACUGUAAACAGACUGACAAUGGCCUCUACACCUGCAACGCCAUAAACAUGGCCGGACAAACCUACAGCGCUGUGCUGGUCACUGUCAAAGAGCCUAAGGUUCCAUUCAAGAGGAAGCUGCAGGACGUGGAGGUGCAGGAGAAGUCUUCGGCUACCAUGAUGUGUGAGGUCCCUCUGAGCAUCACUAACACCAACUGGUUCAUGGAGGAGACCAAACUGGAGCAGAACACCAAGUACCGCAUGGAGCAGGAGGGCACCCUGAGGCGCCUCACCAUCCACAAUGUGACCACCAACGAUGAUGGAGUUUAUAUCUGUGAGACCCAAGAGGGCAGCCGCACUGUAGCCGAGCUCACUGUGCUGGGAAACAUCACUAAGAAGCUCCCCCGUAGAACAGUGGUGCCAGUCAGUGAUACAGUGAUCUUCUGUGUGGAGCUGGAGCAGCCCUGUCCUGACGUGUACUGGACUCGUAACGGAGAGAGGCUCAAAGAGGAUGCUCGUAUCUCCAUUGCCUGUGUCCUGUGCCAGUACACCCUCACCAUCAGGGACUGCCAGGCCCAGGACUCCGGGGAGGUGGCCUUUGUGGCUGGAGACUGCAAGACCUCCACACGAUUCACUGUCACGGCUGCAAGAAAGCACCCCCCAGAUCCCCCAGUGAACACUGUGGUGCUGAACAAGACUGAGGCGUCCAUCACCUUCCAGUGGUCGCCCCCUGAGAGUGACCGGCCCGUGCCCAUCAAAGGGUACAUCGUGGAGAGGAGGAAGAUCGGAGCCCAGCAGUGGCAGCGCUGUAACCCUGGAGAAUUAGUCAGUAUCACGGAGUUUACCAUCUCCAACUUCACUGAGGAGGCCACCUACCAGUUCAGGAUCUCUGCUGUCAAUGACUUUGGCCAGAGUCCUUACAUGGAGGUGCCUGGAAGCUUUUACCUGGAGCCUAGAGCAGAUCUGAAGAAGGGUCUGUCAGACAGUGUGGCCGUUGCUGGGGAAGAGUUCUCCAUCUCUGUGGAGCUGUCGGCCAUGUGCUCUGGCUUCUGGUCUCUGGGAGGUCGUCUGUUACGAAGCGGAGGAGAAUAUCUCAUAACAAGAACCAAGAAUGUCCACACCCUCCUCAUCCGCACCGUCACCAUGGAGAUGAACGGACUUGAGGUCAAGUUCGUGGGUGGCGGCUCUCAAACCACAUGUAUCUUAAAUGUGAAGGCUCCUCCCGUCAGGUUCACCAACAGGUCCCAGCAGCAGACAGUCACAUGCAGUGUCCAGGAAACGGCCGAGCUGACAGCUGAAGUGUCCGACUAUGAUGCUCAGGUUGUCUGGAUAAGGAAUGGACGUGAGAUUAAAAUGGGAAAGAAGUAUGAAAGUGUGAGCUUCGACCGCAAACGGAUCCUAAUUGUCAACAAUGUCACAGAGGAGGAUGUGGGAGUCUAUGAGUGUGCUUUAGCAGAGGACAAAGUCUCACUGCAGCUCGCACUCAAAGAUGAACCUGCCAAGUUCCUGAACAAGGCGAGGGGUCCGAUGGGCAUGGCCUCGUCUCUCAAAGGAGACCUGGAGCUGAAAUGCGAGGUUUCUCCGGCCAGCACGGUGGUGGUGUGGAAGAAAGACCAAGUGGAGAUCACUGAGGACCAAAGAACCACCUUUGUCUCCAACGGCACCCAAAGGAAACUGGUAAUCAAGGGUGCCAAGAAGAGCGACGAAGGGCAUUACUCGUGUGAGACAGCCACCGACAAAGUCACAUUCCAGGUCAAAAUCAAAGAAACUCAACCUGCCUUCUCUAGCAAAGAAUCCAAGCAGAGAGAGGUGAAAGCAGUCCUCUCCCAGAAGGCCACUCUCAGCUGUGAUGUGUCUGACAGUAAGACGGAGGUGAAAUGGUAUAAAGAUGGUAAACAGAUCAUCUCCAGCCGCUCAGUCUACACUGAAGUCAAAGGCUCCACCCGAGUGCUGGUGAUCGAGAAGGUGGAGAGGAGCGAUGCUGGAGAGUACACAUGCGAAGCUGCAGGAGAGAAGUUAGUGUUCAAGAUCUCAGUCACAGAACAACAGCCAUCUUUCUCAAACAAAGAGUCUGUCCAGAGGGAGGUGAAGGCUACUCUCACCCAGAAGGCUGUUCUGAGCUGUGAGGUGUCUGAGGCUAACACUGAGGUCAGAUGGUACAAAGAUGGUAAACUGGUCAGCUCCACCAAGACUGUCCAUACAGAGGCCAAGGGCAAGAGCCGGCAGCUUGUGAUCGACAGUGUGGAGAAGAGCCACGCCGGAGAAUACAUUUGUGAGGCUGGGACUGAGAAGCUGGUCUUCAAAAUACAUGUGGCAGAUGCCAAAGUCCAGUCAGCCUUCUCCAACAAAGAAUCCAUCCAGAAAGAAGUGAAAGCAGUUUUAUCCCAGACUGCUACUGUGAGCUGCGAAGUGGCUGACUCCAAAACUGAAGUAAAGUGGUACAAAGAUGGAAAACUCUUGAGCUCCUCCAAAACAGUGCACACAGAAUCCAAGGGAAAGACUCGACAGCUGGUUAUUGACAAAGUAGAGAAGAAGGAUGCAGGAGAGUAUAUCUGUGAAGCUGGGACUGAGAAGUUGGCCUUCAAGAUUCAUGUUGAGGGUAAGAGAUAAUAUGUAACUAAGGCUAAAUCUUCCUUCCUGCACAAAGAGUCCAUCCAGAGGGAAGUGAAAACAAGUAUCUCCCAGAAGGCCAUACUGAGCUGUGAGGUGGCUGACAGCAAGACAGAGGUGAAGUGGUACAAAGAUGGAAAACUCCUGAGCUCCAGUCGCACAAUCCACAUAGAGUCUAAAGACAAGACCAGAAGACUCGUGAUUGACAGUGUGGAGAAGAAAGAUGCUGGGGAAUACAUCUGUGAAGUCGGCAAUGAGAAGAUAUCGUUCAAAAUACAGAUUACAGAGCUGGAGCAAAAGUCUGUACAGAAAACAGAACAGAAAUUGGAACAAAAGUCAGUGCAGAAAUCAGAGCUAAAAUCAGAACAGAAAUCAGAGCAAAUAACUGUGCAAAAAUCAGAACAAAAAAUUGAACAAAAAACUGUGCAGAAAGUAGAACAAAAAAUUGAACAAAAAACAGAGCAGAAAUCUGUACAAAAAUCAGUAUUCUCCAACAAGGAAUCAGUCCAGAAGGAGGUUAAAGCCACCCUCUCACAGAAAACUACUCUGAGCUGUGAAAUGGCAGACAGCAAGAUGGAGGUGAAAUGGUACAAAGACGGAAAACUCAUCUCCUCCAGCAAAUCUGUUCAUUAUGAGUCCAGAGGCACGAGUCGCCAACUUAUCAUUGAGAAUGUGGAAAAGAAGGAUGCUGGCGAGUACACGUGUGAGGCUGGAACUGAGAAACUGUCAUUCAAGAUUCAAGUAACAGAAGCUCCAGCUGGUUUCACGAAUAAAGAAUCGGUGCAGAAGGAGGUGAAAGCAUCUCUGUCUCAAAAGGCCACUCUGAGCUGUGAAGUGUCUGAUUCUAAAACUGAGGUGAAAUGGUACAAGGACGGCAAACUACUCACCUCCAGCAAAGCGGUUCACAUGGAAACAAAAGGCAAGAGCCGUGAGCUGGUCAUCGAGAAAAUGGACAAGAAAGAUGCCGGAGAGUACACUUGUGAGGCUGGGGCAGAGAAACUUACAUUUAAACUACAGGUGCAAGAAGCAGCUGUAAAGUUUCAGAAAAAAACAGUCAAGGAUACCUCCGUUCCAACCAAGGAGGAUAUCGUACUGACUGCAGAGCUCACCGCAGAGGGCGGUGCAGUCAGAUGGUUCAGAGACGGAGUGGAGCUGAAAGAGAGCUCUCGGAUUCAGAUGAAAAAAGAAGGUCUUUCACGAACUCUCAUCGUCAAAUCCGGCGAAGCCAAGGACAGUGGCACUUACACCUGCCAAACCACUGAUGACAAACUGGAGUUUAAAGUGGAAGUUAAAGAGCCUAAACAAGUGAGGAUUAGCACCAAGCUGAACAACGUGGCAGCGAUGGAAGGAAAAGAUGCCAUCUUUAAGUGCGCUGUCAGCCCAGCAGAUGCUAAUGUGAAAUGGUUCCACAACAGUGUCCCUGUGACUGUUGGACCAAAGUAUAAAACUGAGCACGGAGGUACCAGCUUCUCUCUCACCAUCACGUCUGUCACCCAGAAAGAUGCAGGAGAGAUCAGCAUUGACGCAGAGGGGAAAACAUGCAAGGCUACUCUACAAGUCCAACAUGAACCUGUGACAUUUAAAAAGAAGCUGGAGAACCUUACCGUGGAGGAGCAGAGUGACGCCAAGAUGGAAGUGGAGCUGAGCAAAGCCUCAGACGAUGUGCGGUGGAUGAAGAACAGUGUGGUGGUCCAGCCAUCUGCAAACGUCCAGAUACAAGUGAAUGGAGCCAAACAGACCCUUGUCAUCAAGAAUGUCACCACUGCUGACCGGGGCAUAUACUCCUGUGAAACACUGGAUGACAAGACCCAGGCUAAACUCACCGUGGAGAUGAAGAAAAUCCAGUUGGUGAAGGGCCUGAAAGAAACUAAAGCAUUAGAAACAGAGACAGCGACUCUGGAGGUGGAGCUGAGCCAGGCUGAUUUGGAGGGCUCCUGGACCAAAGACGGACUGAAACUCAGAUCUGGGCCCAGCUGCAGCAUCACGGUCCUGGGGAAGAAACAUGUGCUCACUCUGUCCAACCUCAAAAAGGAGGACAAUGGGAUGAUCUCUUUCCAAGCAGAGGGCGUCCACACAUCUGCUAAACUCAUUGUAACAGAACCACCAGUUAUGAUUUGCAAGCCCAUCAUGGAUAUUAGCACGGCUGAAAAGGAGAAGGUUACUUUUGAAUGUGAAGUGUCCAGAACAACCUCAGAUAUUAAGUGGUUUAAGGAUGACAAGGAACUGAAAUCCGGAAAGGACAUCUCCAUCCAUUCUCUGGGCAAAAAGCACUCUUUGGUUAUCAAUAAAUGCACUUUUGAACAGGCUGGGACUUACAUCUGCUGUACUCCUGAUGACAAUACUUCUGCCAAGCUCCAAGUGCAUGCCAGAGAGAUAAAGAUUGUGAAGAAGCUUGUGGAUGUGGAGGUGAUGGAAAAGGAGAGCGCUACUUUUGUCUGUGAAGUCUCCCAUGAUGAAGUGGACUGUCAGUGGUACAAGGGAAGCAACAAAAUCAAAGCCAGUGAUAACAUCAGAAUGAGACAAGAGGGCAGGACAUAUACGCUGGUGUUCAAGUCUGUUUCCAUUGAAGAUAUGGGUGAGAUCAAAUUCACAGCAGAGAAAGCCUCUUCUGUUGCAAAACUGAAAGUGAAAGAACUGCCAGUCAAGUUUGUGAAGAAACUCAGGGAUAAGAUAGCCAUGUAUAAGCACCGUGGCCAUCUUGAAUGCCAAGUGUCCCGUGCUAGUGCUAAAGUCAAAUGGUUCAAGAACAAGAUGGAGCUCAAACAAGGCAAAAAAUACGACAUCAAGAGUGAAGAUGUAUACCGCCAACUCACCAUCAAUGAUGUUGACUCUGGAGACGAAGAUACAUACAUUUGUGAUGCCAUCGAUGACAAGACUUCAUGUAAACUGCUGGUGGAAGAGCAGUCCAUCAGCAUUGUGCGGGAGCUUAGUCCUGUAGAGGUGACGGAGCCAUUUGCCGCCGUAUUUGAAGUGGAGAUCAGUAUGGAGCUGGUGAAGCCUCCAGUGUGGACUCUGAGUGGGGUGGCUGUGAAGGAGAGCGCUGAUGUGGAGCUGGAGAAAGAGGGAACACUCCAUCGACUCACCUUUAAAAAGACCAAAGCUGCGAUGACUGGACCUGUCGUGUUCACAGCAGGAAAGAGCAAGUCUCAGGCACAGCUCACUGUCAAAGAGCGCCCGCUGGAAGUCGCAGAGCCAAUCAAGAAUGUGAAGGCCAAAGAGAAGAGCUCAGCGAUCCUGAGCUGCAAGUUCUCUGCUCCUCCUAAAGAUGUUCACUGGUUUAAGGGCGCGGCUCCUCUGGCCACAUCAGACAAGUACAACAUAAAGCAGGACGGUACCAGGGCCCAGCUCACCAUUCAGAGACUCUCAGAGGAGGACACGGGGGAGUACUGCUGUCAGUCUGGACCUGCAGAGACCAAAGGGAUCCUCACUGUAGAAAUGCGUGAUAUCCAGAUCACCAAACAUCUGGCUGACACUGAGGUAGAUGAAGAUGGUGAUGCUGUGUUCACAUGUGAGAUAAACUUCCCCGAUGAGGAAGUACAGUGGCUGCUGAACGACAAAGUGCUCUUCACCAACGAAGUCAACACCAUCAGCCACGAGGGCAAAGUCCACAAGCUCACACUAAAGAACCUCGCCCCUCAGGAUGGCGGCACAAUCAGCGUUCAAGUGCGCAAAGUCAAAGAGUCUGUUACACUAAAGGUGAAAGAAAAGCGCGCUGUGUUCCUCAAGUCUCUAGAUGAUGUCGUGGGAGAGGAAAAAGGCAUGAUCACAUUAGCCUGUGAAGCCUCCAAGCCCAGAGUCUCUCCCACCUGGAGAAAGGAUGGGAAGGUCCUGAAGGCUGGACCCAAGUAUGAGCUCCUUCACACAGGCAAGUCUCUGGGGCUGAUCAUCAAAGACGUGACCAAGGAGGACGCUGGAGAAUACAUCUGCGACCUGGGGACAGAGGCCUCCAAAGCAAUGGUUACUGUCAGAGAAAUUGGAAUUGGCAUCACCAAAUGGCUGAAACCUGCUGAUGCAAAUGAAGGGGAGACCUGCAGUUUUGAGUGCAUUUUGUCCCGUGAAAGCUCAGAUGAGUGCUCCUGGACGGUGAAUGGAAAAACCAUCACAAACGGAGGAAAAUACAAAAUCAGCAGUAAAGGUCGCAAAUACAUGCUGACCAUAAAUGACGUGACGCCUGCAGAUGCUGGUGAGGUGGUCUUCAAUAUCAAAGAUCUCUGCUCCAAAGCUACAUUAACAGUAGAAGGCAAAGCUUCAUCUGUUUCAAAAGCUCUGGAGAAUGUGAGCGUCGUCCAAGGAGAAGACGCUGUUUUCAUCUGUGAAGUAACCAAGUCCAGCUCCACCGUGAAAUGGGCCAAAGACGGAAGAGCCAUUAAGAAGAGCCACAAGUAUGACAUCAGUCAGGAGGACACAGUCGUGAAGCUGACUGUCCACAGCGUCUGUGCCCAAGACUCAGGGGAGUACAGCUGUGAAGUGGUGGGAGGGGCCACCACCAGGGCCUUGCUGGAGAUGAAGGAGCCAAUCCACAAGUUCAGCAGAGCUCUGCAGGACAGCCAGGCUGAGGAGAAGGGCUCAGUGAGUCUACUGUGUGAAACAGUCCAAAGCCCGUCCACUGUGGUGUGGCUGAAGGGACACACAGAGCUGAGAGCAGGAGGGAGGUACCAGAUGACCCAGAAAGACUGCCUCCUGACCCUGACCAUCUCGAACUUGGAAGAGCACGACACUGACAUCUACACCUGCGACGUGGGCACUGCCAAGAGCAUGGCCAAGAUCACCGUCAAAGCUUUACCCGCCACCUUUACAAAGAAGCUGCAGAGCCUGGAGGCUGAGGAGGGGGCCAGUGUGAGCCUGCGCUGUGAGCUCUCUAAACCUGAGCUCCCAGUGCAGUGGAAGAAGGGCACACAGAGCCUGAAGUCUGGAGACAGACACCAGCUGAAGCAGAGAGAGUGUGUGAAUGAGCUGCUCAUCACCAAAGUGCAGCCAGAAGACUCUGGAGACUACAUCUGUGUGUGUGGAGACCAAAAGACCACUGCCACACUCAGUGUCAAGGCCCUACCAGCGACCUUCAGCCAGAAGCUGCAGAGCGUGGAGGCUGUGGAGGGGGCCAGUGUGAGCCUACGCUGUGAGCUCUCUAAACCUGGGCUCUCAGUGCAGUGGAAGAAGGGCACACAGAGCCUGAAGUCUGGAGACAGACACCAGCUGAAGCAGAGAGAGUGUGUGAAUGAGCUGCUCAUCACCAAUGUGAAGCCAGAAGACUCUGGAGACUACAUCUGUGUGUGUGGAGACCAAAAGACCACUGCCACACUCAGUGUCAAGGCCCUACCAGCAACCUUCACCCAGAAGCUGCAGAGCGUGGAGGCUGAAGAGGGGACCAGUGUGAGCCUGCGCUGUGAGCUCUCUAAACCUGGGCUCUCAGUGCAGUGGAAGAAGGGCACACAGAGCCUGAAGUCUGGAGACAGACACCAGCUGAAGCAGAGAGAGUGUGUGAAUGAGCUGCUCAUCACCAAAGUGCAGCCAGAAGACUCUGGAGACUACAUCUGUGUGUGUGGAGACCAAAAGACCACCGCCACACUCAGUGUCAAGGCCCUACCAGCGACCUUCAGCCAGAAGCUGCAGAGCCUGGAGGCUGUGGAGGGGGCCAGUGUGAGCCUACGCUGUGAGCUCUCUAAACCUGGGCUCUCAGUGCAGUGGAAGAAGGGCACACAGAGCCUGAAGUCUGGAGACAGAUACCAGCUGAAGCAGAGAGAGUGUGUGAAUGAGCUGCUCAUCACCAAAGUGCAGCCAGAAGACUCUGGAGACUACAUCUGUGUGUGUGGAGACCAAAAGACCACUGCCACACUCAAUGUCAAGGGUAGGACACUUUGUUUCAUUGAGGGCCUGCAGAACCAGGAGGCUCAGGAGGGAGGCAAUGUCACUUUUCACUGUAAACUCUCCAAACCUGGACUGUGUGUGGAGUGGAGGAGAGGAGCCCAAGUGCUGGGUUUUGGAGAAAAGUUCAUGAGAAACCAAACUGGAUGCAAUUAUGAAUUGCAAAUAUUUGACCUAAUGCCUGUAGACACAGGGAGCUAUUCUUGUAACUAUGAAGACACCACCAGCUCUGCCUCUUUGAUAGUAAAUGCAGUCCCAGUCACUUUUACAAAAGAGCUUGAAAGCCAGUCAGCUGAUGAGGGAGACAGUGUUACCUUACAGUGUGAGCUGUCUAAAGCUGGCCUGUCUUUGGAGUGGAGAAAAGGAGAGCUGGGCCUUUGUCCUUGUGCCAAAUAUGACAUUAGGCAAAUGGGGCCGCUGGCUACUCUAGUCAUCCAUGAUGUAGACCUAGAGGAUGCUGGCUCAUACACCUGUGAUACGGGGGACAAGCAGAGCACUGCACAGCUCAUGGUUAAGGCCCAGCCGGUUCUUUUCAAGACCAAACUGGAGAACAUUGACAGUCAGGCUGGUGGGAGUGUUGUUUUCCGUUGUGAAAUCACAAAACCCGGAGCCCCGGUCACAUGGAGGCGUGGGGACAAGAUACUUGAGUCCAGCAGCAAGUUUCACCUGAAACAGGAAGGAACAGUUGUGCAGCUCAUCAUCUAUAAGGUGAAAAGAUCUGAUGCAGGAGAAUACUCCUGUGACACAGGCACCCAAAGGACCUCAGCCUUUCUCUCAGUGCAGGAAGCUGAUGUUAGCAUCCUGAAGUUCUUGGAUAGCUGCGUGGUGCAUGAAGGGGAAGAUGUCCGCUUUGAGUGUGUGGUGUCCCAUGACGACGCCCCCGAGGCCCAGUGGAAGCUUCAGGAUGUCCCGCUGCAGAACAAUGAGAUGAAUGUGAUUGAGAGUCAGGGCCGAGUGCACAGCCUCACGUUAAGAGGGGUCACUAAAGCAGACUCAGGCACAGUCAUUUUCACUGUGGGCAACAACAUGUCCACGGCCUCUCUCACGGUCAGAGCCGCUCCAGUCACGUUCAAGAAACAUCUGGAGAGCCAAGAGGCCAAGGAGGGCAGCACAGCCACGCUCUCUUGUGAAACUUCCAGUAUCGACGCCAAAGUGACCUGGCGCAAAGGAACUCAACUCCUCAGUUCUGGAGACAAGUAUAGCAUCGAGAAGAAGGGCACCACACACACUCUGACUGUACGCAAACUCUGUGUAGGAGAUAGCGGAGAAUAUGUAUGUGAUACAGGGGACAAGCAAUCCACCGCCUCCCUCACUGUCAAAGAGCAUGUGCGAAUCAUCCGGGACUUCAAGGAUGUUACGGUUACCACGGGCGAAGAUGCGGUUUUUGAAGUGGAGCUGUCCCACCCUGGAGUCACUGCCGGGGAGUGGUGGCUUGGGGAUAACCUGCUCCAGAACAAUGACUUGAACCAGAUGAGCAGCCAGGGCACGAUGCACCGGCUGGUCCUCAAGAUGGUGACCACAGACGAGUCCGGAGACGUGGCGUUCGUGCUGGGAGAGGAGAAGUGCGUGGCUUGUCUGCAGGUGGAGGAGAAGCCCAAAGUGAUGAUUGUAGAGAAGCCUCACAACACAGUGGCACAAGAGGGUGAAACAGUGACCCUGGCCUGCACCAUCUCAGACCCCAAUGUUAUAGUGAAAUGGGUGAGGAGUGGGACUUCCCUCAUAGCAGGUCUGAAGUACGACCUGAAGAAGAAUGGAGCUUUUCAUCAGCUCUGCAUCCAUAAUCUGAAGCCUGAGGACUCUGGGUCAUACACCUGUGACACUGGAGAUGACCAGUGUGAAGUCAAGCUCACAGUGGAAGGUGCGCCGGUCUUCUUCAAAAAGGAGUUGAAGAACCAGGAAGCUAUAGAGGGUGAUGAUAUUGUCCUGCGCUGUGAGCUUUCAAAGCCAGGCGCACGUGUGGAGUGGAGAAAGGGUGGUGCUGUUCUCCACUCGGGUAAGAGAGUGAACAUAAAGCAGGACGGGUUCAUGCAGGAGCUCUGCCUCCUCAACGUGACGCCAGAAGACAGUGGCUUCUACACUUGUGAUGCCGGAGACCAGCUUACUACCGCCUCUUUGACUGUGCAAGAGAAAGAAGUCUUCAUUUUGACUGGUCUUAAGACGACUGAUGUCUUUGUGGGGGAGUGGGCUACGUUCUCCUGCCAGCUGUCCGGGAGGGCACCUGGUGCAGUGCAGUGGUGGCUGGACGGCACACUGCUGGAGAACAGUGCAUUUAGUGAAAUAGGAGUGAGCCAGGGACACAUCCACACUCUGACCCUCAAGAACCUGGCCACAGACGACUCAGGCACUGUCAUGUUUAAGACGGGCAGUCUGCUCUCCACAGCCAAGCUCUUAGUCAAAGAUCCCACAGUGGAGGUGGUGAGUGCCAUGGAGGACCUGCGGGUGUUUGAGAACCAGCCUGCUCAGUUCAUCUGCCAAUACUCCCGGCCGGUCAAAGCCGAGUGGAGGAAAGACGGGCGGCCGCUGCACCCGGACGGCAGGAGGGUGGUGGUGGAGCAGGACUGGAAUGUGGCGCGCUUGUUCAUUAGCCACGUGUGCGCUGGAGACAGAGGCACUUACUCGUGCGAGGCACAGGGCACAUGUGUGGUGGCUACGCUGCAUGUGGAAGACAAACCCAUCACUAUAGUUCAGGAUUUAGAAAACAUGGAAACGUUUGAUGGAGGUGAGGCCUUGUUUGAAUGUGCCCUGAGUCGCCCUGAGACCAAAGACUGCCAGUGGCUGUUGAACGGGACACCAGUGAAGGAGAGUCCAAACGCAGAGGUGGUGUCAUUUGAGAGUGGUCUUCGCCACCUGCUUCUCCUCAAAGAACUGCGUGUGAAUGACAGCUGCACCGUCACCUUCAGAGCGGGCACUGCCUCCACCUCUGCUCAGCUCACUGUCAAAGGCUGGCAGCUGGAUGUUGUGAAGCCCCUAGAGGACAAAGUAGCUGCAGUGGGAGAAAAGGUGGAGUUCUGUGUUGAGCUGAAUGAGCCUGUGCCCAUGUCUGAGGUGAUCUGGUACGCCAACGGAGUGGAGCUGAAGCCCAGUGACCUCUGGGCCAUGAGGGCAGAAGGCAGCUGUUAUCGUCUGCUCCUGAAAAAGGCUCCUCUUAUGCCUCAACAGGAAAUCACUUUUGCAGCCAGAGAUGCACUGUCUUUGGCAAAGCUCUCCAUCAUUACUGUACCUGAUCCACCGGAGGAUCCAGAGGUCUUCGUUAAGUCUAACCAGUCUGUGAGCCUGUCAUGGUUCACCCCAUUGCACGAUGGAGGAAGCCCUAUUCUGGGCUACAGGGUGGAGAUGCGUCUGGUGGACAGUGUGCUCUGGAUGCCCUGCCACACAGAGCCUGUAUGUAACACAGAGUUUGUGGUGGAGAACCUGAUGCCUGGAGCAGCUUACAGGUUUAGAAUGGCAGCCAUCAACAGAGCCGGGAUCGGAGAGCCUGUUGAACUGCCCCAGACUGUGCAACUCGAGGAACCUAAAAAGCCAAGUGUCCCUCAAGAUGAAAAACCAAAGGAUGUUGUUGAACAAAAGGCUGCUCCUGAGGAUCUGGCCAAAAAGACUCUGGACUCCCUCUCAUUGCAGACCACGGAGCAGAGUAAAGCUAAAGUGAUCACACAAGAGCUGACCGCUGCAGCUAAGACAGUGGAAGUGAAGACCUCUGAGAAGGUCCAGGCGGUCAUUUCAACCACUAGCUCCGAGAACGAGGCUUCGCUUGUGUCCUACCUCAAGAGUAGCAGCACCUCUUCAGUCGCAGAGGCGCAAGUCAUAACCUCUGAAAAAGCACAGGUCUCCCAGACAAUCAUCCAGCAAACUGAGGUUAAAACAGCUACAGCAAGCACCACUACAGUCCAGGCUGAAGCAGUGACCACAGAGGAGGUGAUGGAAAUCAGUAAGGAGGACGAACCAGAGCUCACGGAGGCUGCCAUCAAGAUCCAAGCUGCUUUCAAAGGAUUCAAAGCCCGCAAAGAGAUGAAGCCAGUUUUCAAAGAAGUUUUCAAAGAUCAAACCAAGGAGCCCAGCGGUACCAUCCACCUGGAGUGUGUGGCCGAGGGCAAGCCUGAGAAAGUGCUCUGGCUUAAGGAUGGCGAGCCCCUAACUGACGGAAAACACCACCAUAUCGAUAUAUACAACGAUGGUACAUGCUCUUUAGUAAUUACAGCCAUUACUACCAAGGAUACUGGUGUGUACACAUGUGAGGUCACCAAUAAGUUUGGAGUUUCGUCUCACAGCGCCAAGGUAACAGUGGGUACGUCCAGGGAAUCAUCCGGACGUAGACCCUUAACCGUGGGCUACAGUGCGGAUAGUGAGCCUGAUAGUUCAUCUGGAAGUGAAAUGGAUGAAUCAUUGAGGCAAGCUAGCAGGCGGCUACGCAAACUUCUUCGCACUCGCCUGCCCCCUGACGUGGAGGAGGAGCCAUUCGUGAGCGCGGAUGAAGGAGAGAUGAGGAUUCCAGACCCUCAUUCAUACAGAGAGGAUGAGAAUUACAUCUACAUUAAGUUUGAUGCACGCUCGGAUGCAGAGGUGGCGUCCAAGAGGUUCCAGGAGAUGUUCACGGUGCAUGGGGUCCCGGUGGACACGACCAUUAUAGAGGCGGGGUCCCAGAAAGUGGAGCUAAGGAUCAGAAAGAUGGGAUACUCACAGGACGGUACAGAGACUCCCACUCCAGACAGACAAGCUCCUGCCUUCAUGUCUGGAGCUGCUGCUGCUCCAGUCUUCCUAACCGAGCUGCAGAGCCAAGAUGUUCCUGAUGGAUACCCAGUGAGCUUCGACUGUGUGGUGAUCGGAAAACCCGCUCCCGCCGUGAAAUGGUACAAAGACGGCAAACUGUUGGAGGAGAAUGACCACUACAUGAUCAAUGAGGACCAGGAGGGGUGCCACCAGCUCAUCAUCACCUCAGUGCUGCCCUCGGACAUGGGCGUGUACCGCUGCACCGCUGAGAAUAGCAGUGGUAUCACGGCAACCAAAGCCGAACUCAGGGUGGAUGUGUCUUGCAGCUCAGAUUAUGACACCGCAGCAGACGCCACAGAGACGUCUUCUUAUGUCAGUGCAAAGGACACUUCCCGGGAAACAGAAACCUUUGAGUCUGUCACUGAAGAUGACCAGCUCCCUCAGGUGGUGGAGGAGCUGCACGACAUCCACGUCAGCCCAGGUUCACCUAUCGUCAAGAUGCAACUCAGAGUAAAGGGAUUCCCCAAACCCAGAGUGUACUGGUUCAAAGAUGGCCAGCCUCUGCGUUCUUCGAAGAGAGUGGCUCUACUGGCUGAGAGAGAUGUUCAUGGUGUGGAGAUUGUAGAGGUGGCUAAAGAAGACAUGGGCGAGUACUCUGCCUUCAUCAGCAAUGCAGCCGGAUCUGCCUACUCCUCUGCUCGUCUUCUAGUGCUGAAUCCUGGAGAGAUGCUUCCUCAAGAUAAGAAGGACCCCAAAGUACCACUGGUGCCUCCACGAUUUAUCGAGAGGUUCCCCAACAGAAAGGUCAAGCAAGGAGCCAGCAUUACCCUGUCUGUCAAAGUGGAAGGCUCUCCCACUCCUACUGUAAACUGGCUCAAAGAGGAGUCCGUUGAGGAUGUGUUGUGGAUCAAACCUGAGACCAAAGGGUUUAAAAUUGCCAGCUCCGGGCGUCAGCACAGUCUCAUCUUAAUGGACGUGGGCACAGAAUACACCGGGGCCUACACCUGUAUCGCCACAAAUAAAGCAGGACAGUCCAUCUGCACUGCUCACCUCGAGGUGGAUGACACACCACAGCCAAAGAAAGAAGCCAAACCAACAGAGGUCCUUGGAAUUACAGUUAGUCCCCCAGAGGAGGAAGCGGUCAGACCAAAAGAGGCAAGAAUACCGUUCUUGGGUGAAGUCGGCACUGAGGAGUUCCUCAUGAAACUGACCUCUCAGAUCACUGAAAUGGUGUCUGCCAAAAUUUCACAAGACAGCUCACAGAAUCAGGAAGUGCUCCAGUGGAUGAAAUCUUGGCCCAAAAACACCACCUCUUUGCGGGUCCCUGGUGCCGAUAGUGAUGAUGAAACCAAAACCCCCUCAGCCACGCCCCAUCAUGGUCGCUCCAGACCCGCUUCCCUCAUCGCUGACUCCUCCUCUGAGUCUGACGAGGGAGAUGCCCGCGGAGAGAUGUUUGAUAUCUACGUGGCGACAGCAGACUACAACCCGACCAUCGCGAGUAAAGAGUCCAUCUCGCUGAAGGAGGGCCAGUACGUGGAGGUGCUGGACUCUGCUCAUCCUCUAAAAUGGCUGGUCAGGACCAAACCCACCAAAACAACACCGUCCAGACAAGGCUGGGUCUCUCCUGCCUACCUCGACAGGAAGCUCAAACUCUCUGCUGAUUCUGGUGAUCUUCCCGAGGCCCAUGUAGAGGAGGUGUCUGAGGGCGAAUAUAAGAGGAAGCUAUUCCAACUGAUCCAGGACUUGAUAAACUCAGAAUCCCAGUUUAUCAAAGAGGUAGACUUCUUCACCUCUCACCACCUGAAACAUGCAGAAAGCCCUGAUGCCCCGCCAGAUGUCACUGACAACAAGGACACCAUAUUCAGGAACAUCCAGGACAUUAAAGUCUUCCACAACAGAGCAUUCCUCCCCAAGUUGAACGAGUGUGAGACUGAUGAUGAUGUGGCCAUGUGCUUCCUGAAGAAUAAGGAGGGCUUUGAGAAGUAUCUGCAGUACCUGGUGGGCCAGAGCCGAGCCGAGGCCACUGUCAGUGAUAAAACUAUUCACCGUUUCUUUAAGGAGUAUACUGAGAGUGAACAAGCCAAUGCCGACCCCAAUGGCCCUCCUGUACGAAGCAUCAACGCCCAUCUCCAACAGCCGCUGGAGAGGAUUCAGAAAUACAAGGCAGUUCUCAAGGAGCUGAUUCGAAACAAGGCGAAGAACGGUCAGAACUGCUGUCUGCUGGAGGAGGCCUAUGCCAUGGUGUCUGCCCUGCCCCAGCGCUCAGACAACACUCACCACGUGUCUCUGAUUGAGAACUACCCUGCCACGCUGGAAGUGCUGGGAGAGCCAAUCAGACAGGGUCCAUUCCAAGUGUGGGAGGGAGCGCCCGGUAUCAGGUCAUCCUCUAGGGGUCAUCAUCGUCACGUUUUCCUCUUCAAGAACUACUGUGUGAUCUGCAAACCCAAGAGAGAGAGCAACACAGACACACAGACUUAUGUGUUCAAAAACAUGAUGAAGCUGAACAACAUGGACGUAAAUGAGACAGUGGAGGGAGACGAGAGGGCGUUUGAGAUCUGGCACGAGCGUGAGGACUCAAUGAGGAAGUACACUCUGCAGGCGCGCACCGUCAACAUCAAAAACUCAUGGCUCCGAGACCUCCGCGAGCUUCAGCAGAGAUACAGCCUGCCCGCGUGGAGCCCUCCUGACUUUGAUGAGAUCCUUGCCAACUGUACAGCAGAGCUGGGACAAACAGUGAAACUUGCAUGCAAAGUGACCGGGGCGCCCAAACCUGUGGUCACCUGGUACAAAGAUGGGCGUGCAGUGGAGGCAGACCCUCACCACAUCAUCAUCGAGGACCCAGACGGCUCGUGCACGCUCAUCCUGGACAAUAUGAGCGCAGACGACUCAGGGCAGUACAUGUGCUUCGCCUCCAGCCCGGCGGGCAAUGCCAGCACACUGGGCAAGAUCACUGUGCAGGUUCCUCCUCGCUUCGUGAACAAAAUGAGGAAUGCUGUGUUCUAUGCCGGGGAGGAUGCUCAGUUCACAUGUGUCAUACAGAGUGCUCCUUCUCCUAAGAUCAGAUGGUUCAGAGAGGGCAGGCUGCUCACUGACCAGGAGAAGUACCAGACGUACAGUGAGAUGAGGAGUGGAGUGGUGGUUCUGGUCAUUAAAAAUCCAACAGAGAGAGACCUUGGACACUACGAGUGUGAGUUGUCUAAUCGUCUCGGCUCUGCAAAGUGUGCUGCUGAUUUAGUUCUCCCUACAGUUGUGACUCGCUCUGGAGAUCAAGCCAUCGCUAUUGAAGUCACGGAACAGGAGACUAAAAUACCCAGGAAAACCAUCAUCAUUGAGGAGACCAUCACCACAGUGGUGAAGAACCCCCGCAUGAGGAGGCACCGGUCUCCAGGAGCAGCCCUCGUUGCUGGGCACCGUUCUGAGACCUCCACCCCUGAACCUGCUGCUGGAGCUCGGGCCAGGAGGGUCCUUACCCCGAGGAAGACCACCAUCCCCACAGUGUACGUAACGCAGAGCGAGGAGAGCCGACCACGCUGGGUGGAGGUGGAGGAGGUCAUAGAGUACAAGGUGAACAAGUCUCCUCGCCUGUCCCGGAGAAGAGGUCUCUCCCCGGCCGGCUCUGAACGUGCUGGGACCCCCUCAAGACCCAAGAGAGGUAUGCCCGAAAACCCCAAUGUCAACAACUCCAACAACAAGCUGGUGGAGCAGGCCCAGGCUCAGGCUCUGUCCUGGGAGCAGGAGCAGGGCAGUGUCCCGCCACAGCCAGUGCCCACUGAACCUCUGGAGCUGUCCACCGUCCUGAACGCACCCAACGAAGACAGCGAUGACCAGGAGGACAAAGAGACCGUUAUUCUAGUGGAGGACGAGGACUCUCCAAAACAAGCCCCAAAAGAGAAGGUUUUGACUUUGGAGGACUUAGAAGAUUAUGUUCCUGGAGAAGGUGAGACGUAUGGGACAUCAGGCUCUGGCAGCACCCCUGUGGAGAAGCCCUGCGAGAUCUCCGUGUUACAGAGGGAGAUCGGGGGCUCGUCUGUGGGUCAACCUGUGCUCCUGAAUGUAGGUCGUCCAGUCACAGCCCAGAGGCAGCGCAGCGGCCUCUUCAACCGCUUCAGAGAUCACCUGUCCGGCAGCUUCUUCUCCUCUUCCUCCUCCUCCACUUCCUCCUCUCACCCUCACACCAGCACGGAGAGGCACAUCCCCAUUCAGGUGACGCAGGCCAAGCUGGAGGUGAAGCCAUCAUACUGCUCCGAGGUGCAGAGAGUGGAGGGCGGCCAGCACAGUUUUAAAACCAAGCUGUCCACUCAGACCUACAGCUACAGUUCAGUGGGAAAGCCAGUCACUCAGAUCAGUGAAAAGCGCUACCAGAAAAAGUAAAUCCUCAAAUAUAAGGCAAGCUGCACCCGUUUGCCAGUCUUACUAAUGUGGACAUUUGUGUGGCAAUGUACACCAAGCCCAAAGCUAGCACAUCAUUCCAUUUUGAGGCUACCUGGAGUGGUUAGCAUCAGAUGGUUAACUUAUGAAACAGAGAAUAAGUGAUUGUGUGGUGAAGUCGAUAUUUCAAAAUGUUGUUUUGGGAGCAAUGUCCGGAAUUAUACAUGUUCUGAUUUGAUUUGUCAGAUUCAGAUGAGUUUUACUUUGAAACCUUUAGACCUCCAAUCCAAAAGUGUCAGUGCUUUUGUUUAUAAUAAAUCAAAAGAUAUUUUUGGUUUAUACUUUUUUUUCUAAAUAGUUUCUUACUUGGCUGUCUCUUUGAUACUUGGAAGUGGUUAGGAGAAAAGUUUUUAAGAAGCCUUCCAUCAUUUCAGUGCAACUCAUAUGGGAGUAUGAGUUGUGUUAUGUCUUUCACAGUCAUCGUUUGUGUCCUUGGCGUUUGCACUGCAGUUCUGUUUAACGCUCGAGACACUGUCAACAUGAGUCUUCACACAUUGGCCUGACUAUGGCUGAUUCUGUUCAUUCAUUUCAUCAAAGAAUAAUUUUCCAGCCUGACAGUGACAUCAGACUGGCUCAAAUGUUAGAGUAGUGGUCAAGUCGAGUCAGUCGAGUCUUGACCAUUUUGUUUGGGGUUGUUUCAUUAUGUUAUGGCUUGUUCUUGUGUAGAUAAUUAAAGUAUGUUUUACCAUAACAUAACUAUGGAUUAUUCAUGAAAAGAUGUAUUGUGUGGCUGUGUGUUGAAGUAAGCAGUCUGAUAAACUACCUUUACAAAGCUACUGAGAUCCUGAUUUGAAGUUAAGUCUUUUCAAAUAAAAGCACUGAGAAAGUAAUAGCUAACCAUGUACAUGUGUUAUUUAAUGUUAAAAUGCUUGUAUAUCCUAUGCUCCAUUACAAUAAAAUGUAAUAAAACAA